AUGUCGGAAACAUCUCAAACCUUGCUGCGUCACAUUCUUGAAGCUUCCUAUCCCGGAGCGGCCGCCCAUUCCCCUUCAGAGGACAAGGAGAACUUUGAAAAGCUCAAAGCCACCUACGACGCUUGCUUAGACGAAGAUACCAUCAAGAAGGUCGGACUGGCGCCACUCGCUGAGCUUCUCGACACCAUCAACCAUCUUUACCCAGCUUCCUGUUUCCGGUCCCCACGAAGCACAGAUGGGUUAUCCGAGACUGUCAUCUAUCUCGCAAAGCUUGGAGUCACAGCAUUGGCAGCAGCUGGAACUGGUGCUGAUGAUCGAGAUCCCGAUCAGGUGGUCGUGUCCGUCUCGGCUCCCUAUCGAAUUGGCUUGCCCGCCAAAGAACUCUAUUCCGAUGAUAAAGUGGUCGAGAAGUACAAGACAGUGAUCCAUGAUGUCUUUGCAGCUCUCUAUCCAGAAAAACUCGAUCAUCUCAAGGAUAGUACUUCCGCUCUAGUAGAGUUUGAGAUAAAGCUGGCGGCCGCUUCACCUGAUGCUGAGGAUAGAGAUGACGUGACCAAAUACUACAAUCCAUUGUCUCUGAAGGAUACAGAUGCUCUCACCCCUGACCUUCACAUCUCCAAGCUCAUUGAGAGCCUAUCGCCUUCAGAUGUCAAGACUGAAAGAGUGAUCGUAAUGGCACCACAAUAUCUUAAGGACCUCAACAAGCUUAUCUCAGAUACCCCGAAGAGUGUUUUCAACACUUACUUUCAAUGGAAAGCUAUUCAGGCAUUCUACUCAUACGUGGAAGCCGACGCCAUCACGCCGUAUAGGCGCUUUGUCAAUGAAUUACAAGGCAAGGAUCCUGCAUCCAGCCCUGAGCGAUGGCGUACAUGCGUCAAUCAUGCGGACGACGGUGUAGGCUGGAUCCUCUCGCGCUUCUUCGUGGAAAAGGCAUUUUCCGAGAAGGCCAAGGUACUCGGUGAUCGGAUAGUAACCGACAUCAAGGAUCAGUUUAUCAAGAAGCUCGAGAAGACCACGUGGAUGGAGCAAGAAGUUAUCGAUCUCGCGAUCCGUAAGGUCCACAACAUUGUUCAAAAGAUCGGAUAUCCAACCAAGAGUCCGAACAUUCUCGAUCCACCCAGCCUCCGCGACUAUUACAAGGACGUCAAAGUCAAUGCCUCAACGUACUUUGAAAACGCUGCUGCCUUCAACACUUUUGAGGUGAUUCGUGAGUGGAGUGCACUGGGCAAGCCCGUUGACAGGGAUCAGUGGGAUAUGACUGUUCCCACUGUCAACGCCUACUACAAUCCACCAGGCAAUGAAAUUGUCUUCCCAGCAGGUAUCAUGCAGUUCCCUGUCUUCGACGUAGCGGUUCCCGAAUACCUGUCAUACGGUGCCUUUGGAUCCGUCUCCGGACACGAACUCUCUCACGCAUUUGAUUCCACAGGCCGACAUUACGAUCAGAACGGUAACUACACCGAUUGGUGGACAGACAAGACGGUGGCGAGCUUCAAGAGCAAAGCCGAAUGUUUCGUCAACCAGUAUGCCAAUUUCACCGUCGAGGGCUCUGAUGGAAAGCCACUGCACGUCAAUGGCCGUCUGACGCUUGGUGAGAACAUCGCCGAUGCCGGUGGCCUUUCCGCCGCGUUCCAAGCAUGGAAAGAACGUGCGGCCGAGAAACCCAACCAGGGCCUUCCAGGUCUGGACUACUUCACGCAAGAGCAGCUGUUCUUUGUCAGCUACUCCAACUGGUGGUGCGGCAAGUCCCGUCCGGAGACGGCCGUGCAACGUAUCUACACGGAUCCCCAUGCACCUAAGUGGGCGAGGAUCCUGGGUACAAUGGCCAACUCGAGGGAGUUCAGGGACAGCUUCAAGUGUCAAUCGCGGGAGCCCGUUUGUGAGCUGUGGUGA